AUGUCUCAAAUGAGAGAACCACGUCCACAAUUACCGAUUCUCCGACUGAGGAAUAACCAUAUUCCGUACGACAUCAUACUCAACAUCCUGGGAAGUGUACCGGUGAAACCAGUGAUAAGAUUUAGGUGCGUUUCCGAAUUCUUGGAUUCCUUAAUCACCACUACUCCCUAUUUCAUCUCAGCCCACCUUAAUCACAACAACAACAACAACAACAACAAAGAUUCCCAUGAUAAUGGUUAUGUAAUACGCAUGCCAUCAGUAGACAUUUACUCUUCUUCCAACACUAACAGACUUAAUAGUAUAGGUUCGUGCAAUGGCCUAUUGUGUUUCAUCACUUACGCUAAUGUUAUAUAUCUGUGGAAUCCUAGUAUUAGAAAAUUCAAGAUGUUGCCUGAUACUUGCUUAGGAAAGUUACAGUCUGUUAUACUCGGAUUUGCAUAUCAUUCCGAGAAUGAUGACUACAAGGUUGUAAGGAUUUCAUGUUUGUCUUCAGCUACACAUGAGAUUGAGGUGUAUACAUUAAGUUUGGAUUCAUGGAGAAAGCUUGGAAUCACGUUCACAACCAAUACUAUGUUCUAUGAUUAUAGUUUUCUUUCGUCAUUCCCAUUGGUUAGUGGAGCUUUGCACUGGAUGGCACGUAGCAUAGAAGAGAAAGAGCAGAGCUUUGAUAUAAUUAUGGCAUUUGAUGUAAAUACUGAGAAAUUCAGAAAACUAGCACUGCCCGAUGGUUUGAAGGAUGCGUACUACUCUAAAACAUAUCUUGCAUUAUUCGAGGAAAAACUGGCUUUCAUUACUUCUGAGAGUGGUGAACAACCUGGCUUCCGAUACUCCAUAUGGGUGAUGAUGGAGUAUGGUGUGGUUGAGUCUUGGAAUAAACUUUUUGUUGUACCAUUUGAAAGAGCAGCUUAUUGUAUCGCCUUUACCGAGUAUGGUUCACUUCUGACAUUUUGGUGCAUCCAUAGUCCAGUAGAGAAGAAGAAAUAUAAGUUUCAUUUGAUUAACGCCAAAACACUACAGCAGAAGAAGGAUCUUGAUAUCCAAUAUCCUUCAUUUGUAGCUACUUACAUGGAGAGCCUUGUUUUACUUGAUGGACCAAACACGUUGUCAUAUUAA